CAUGAAAAUAAAUAAAAUCAAAUCAUAAGUAUCCCCCAAAGCUUAAACACUCACAUAACAACACUACACCUAUCUCCCACCCAAGACGAUCCCUUCCUUCUCCCCCUUUCUCCAACACCUACCAAAAGUCCCUCUCUAUCUCUCUAUACACUAAUCUAUCUUUCUCUCUCUAGUUCUUGAUUUUUCAAGAUUUUAAGAAACACAUGGCUGACCAAAGUGGGGGGUUAGGUUUGACGAGAGAGUACAGAAAAGGGAACUGGACACUGAAUGAGACGAUGGUCCUCAUUGAAGCCAAAAAGAUGGACGACGAGAGGAGGAUGCGGCGGUCCAUCGGCCUUCCGGCGCCGGAGCAGUCACAAGAUAGCCGGAGUAGUAGUGGUAAUAAACCAGCGGAGUUACGGUGGAAAUGGAUAGAAGAUUACUGUUGGAGGAAAGGAUGUAUGAGGAGUCAGAAUCAGUGCAAUGACAAGUGGGACAAUCUCAUGAGAGAUUACAAAAAGGUUAGAGAGUAUGAGAGAGGGAGGUUAGAAUCGUCUUUUGCGUCCGCGUCUUCCUCUUCAGCUGCUGCGGAAACGGGCUCGUAUUGGAAGAUGGAGAAGAGUGAGAGGAAAGAGAGGAACUUGCCGAGUAACAUGUUGCCUCAAACAUACCAAGCGUUGUUUGAUGUGGUGGAGAGUAAAACGCACCCUUCUUCGACCGCCGCAACCGCCAUAACCGCAGCAGUCGCUGCUGCUGCCGCAGAAACUGGAAGUGGAAAUGGUUCGGGCGGUGGACUACACAUCCCAAAACUGAUACAACAACAAGGUUUAGGAUUUGUUCCACAACAUCAAAUGAUUCAACCUCCUGUCCUGUUACCUCUUCCACGGCCACCACCUCCACCGUCUCAACCGUUGCAACCACGAACGCUUCUUCUACCACCACCUCCACAGCCUUCUUUUCAUGCUCAGCCAAUACUGCCCACAAAGGAUAGUAGCUCAGAUUCUGACACGAGUGAGCAUUCAGACACAUCUCCGGCAAAGCGAAGGAGAACAAAGCCGACCACAGCCGCCGGUACAAGCGGUGGCGGCGGCGGAGGAAAUGCAGAAAUGGAGGAAGCUGAGAGUGUAGUGGCGGCUGCGUUAUCAAGAAGUGCGUCUGUGAUCGCUAACGCGUUUAGGGAGAGUGAGGAGAGACAAGAUCGGAGACAUAAAGAAGUGAUGAGCUUAAAAGAGAGGAGACUGAAGAUCGAAGAGUCGAAUGUUGAGAUGAACAGAGAAGGCAUGAGUGGACUAGUGGAAGCCAUUAAUAAGCUUGCGAGCUCUAUGUUUGCUUUGGCUUCUUCUACCUCUAGCCACAAUAAUCAGCAUCAAGGAGGUCCAUCAUAAUAAUUAUUAUUACGGUUUAUUUGAUUAGGAAGUGGUUAGCCAAAAAAGACUGGUGACUAAGUACAUAAAUUGGUUUCACUAUCACUGUUUUAAGUAAAUAAUUUUGUGAUUCCAUGCAAUAUUUAUUGAAAUGUGAUUGUUGAUUAAUAUACAA